AUGAGAACAGUAGGUGUGAAGACCCAGGAACUCAGCACAGACAUGGUGGGAACCCCUUAUAUUGGGCACAGCAGAUGUAAAGACCCAGGAACUCAGCACAGAGCUGGUGGAAACCCCCUCAUAAUGGGCACAGCAGGUGUAAAGACCCAGAAACUCAGCACAGGGCUGGUAGGAACCCCUCAUAAUGGUCACAGCGGGUGUAAAGACCCAGAAACUAAGCACAGGGCUGGUGGGAACCCCUCAUAAUGGGCACAGCAGGUGUAAAGACCCACAAACUCAGCACAGAGCUGGUGGAAAACCCCCUUAUAA